AUGCAGGUUUCAUUGGUUUUGACAAAUACAACUCCAGGAGACUCGGCCCCAAAAGAAAACCCAUUUACUGCCAAGGCUUAUGUGAUUAGAUAUUGGAACAAACACAUCACCAACAACCACCCCAAGCCACCAUUUCUACUCUCGAAAGCCUCCCCUCUCUCCGCCGUCGACUCCGCCUUUUUCACCAAACUCGCCGCCCACAACCACCUCUCUUCCCACCUCUCCUCUUUCUGCUCCGCCGCCAAUUUAUUCUGUCUUUUCGACUUCGACUCCACCACCCCAAUCGAUCCAAACAAACAAGACAACAAAGACGCCAACUUCGCCUUUUACACCAACAAACAAUUCUCCAACUACGUAAGGUCUCGACUCGGCGGCGCAGAUACGUUCAAGAACUACUCGGGCUCUGUCAACUUCGCCACCGGUAGUUUCACUCGCUACAGCCGAAGCUCCACAGCCCAUAAAGAAGGCUUCGCCACCUAUGCUAACGACGGCAAUGUAGCCAAUUCCAACUUCACCUCCUACGCUUCCGGCGCCACUGGUGGCUCCGGAGAGUUCCAAACAUACAUGUCUCUCGUCAACGUCCCGGACCUCCGCUUCACUUCUUACGAUUCCGACGGUAACAAUCAUAAGCUCUCAUUUUCAAGCUAUGUUGACGAUACAAACUCAGGAAACGAAGGCUUUACAAGCUAUGGUAAGAAUGGUAAUGACGUCCCUGUUGAGUUUUCCAGCUAUGGCGAUUCAUCAAACGUUAUUGGGUCGUCGUUCUCCGGCUACGGCGAGUUGGGUAACGCCGGUAAUGAUUCGUUUAAGGCUUAUAGUUCAAAUUCCAAUAACCCAAACAACAAUUUUAAAAGCUAUGGCGUUGGAGGCAAUUCUGGAGUUGAUAGCUUCUCUAGUUACAGAGAUGGAGCCAAUUCAGGAAGUGAUAAGUUUCAAUCUUAUGGGAAGAAUUCAAAUUCCGGGAAAACAAAUUUUCUGAAUUAUGGAAAAUCUUUCAACGAAGGAAUCGAUUUUUUCAGGGAAUAUGGAAAAGGAUCGACUAGUGAAGUGAUUGGGUUCAAGGUUUAUGGAUUGAACAGUACAUUCAAAGAGUAUGAUCAAAAGGGUGUCACUUUUGCUCAGUACACCAGUUCAGAAAACUCCUCCAUGGACGAAUCCACGAAGGUAAGUGGCAAUUCCGUAAAUAGAUGGGUGGAACAGGGCAAAUUUUUCCGAGAGUCCAUGUUGAAAGAGGGAAUUAUCAUGAAAAUGCCAGAUAUUCGUGACAAAAUGCCUAAAAGGUCGUUUUUGCCCCGGACAAUUAUGUCAAAUUUACCAUUUUCAACCACUCGACUAGGGGAGAUUAAGCAAAUCUUCAACGCACGGGAUAACACCGCCAUGGAGCGCAUGAUAUCAAACACGGUGGAGGAGUGCGAGCGUGAGCCGAGCCGGGGCGAGACCAAGCAGUGCGUGGGAUCGGUGGAGGACAUGAUCGACUUCGCGGUCGCGGUAUUGGGCCACAAUGUGGUGGUGCGGACCACGGAAAAUGUAAAUGGGUCAAACCAAAAUGUGAUGAUUGGAAAAGUUAGAGGAAUCAACGGCGGAGAAGUGACCAAAUCAGUGUCCUGCCACCAGAGUUUGUACCCGUACUUACUAUAUUAUUGCCACUCUGUACCAAAAGUGAGGGUCUACGUGGCAGACAUUCUUGACGUAGAGAGCAAGGUUAAGAUCAAUCAUGGUAUUGCCAUUUGUCACGUUGACACAUCAGCAUGGAGCCCAGGGCAUGGAGCUUUUGUGGCCCUAGGGUCGGGCCCUGGUCUCAUUGAGAUAUUGGAACAAACACAUCACCAACAACCACCCCAAGCCACCAUUUCUACUCUCGAAAGCCUCCCCUCUCUCCNAAAAGAAAACCCAUUUACUGCCAAGGCUUAUGUGAUUAGAUAUUGGAACAAACACAUCACCAACAACCACCCCAAGCCACCAUUUCUACUCUCGAAAGCCUCCCCUCUCUCCGCCGUCGACUCCGCCUUUUUCACCAAACUCGCCGCCCACAACCACCUCUCUUCCCACCUCUCCUCUUUCUGCUCCGCCGCCAAUUUAUUCUGUCUUUUCGACUUCGACUCCACCACCCCAAUCGAUCCAAACAAACAAGACAACAAAGACGCCAACUUCGCCUUUUACACCAACAAACAAUUCUCCAACUACGUAAGGUCUCGACUCGGCGGCGCAGAUACGUUCAAGAACUACUCGGGCUCUGUCAACUUCGCCACCGGUAGUUUCACUCGCUACAGCCGAAGCUCCACAGCCCAUAAAGAAGGCUUCGCCACCUAUGCUAACGACGGCAAUGUAGCCAAUUCCAACUUCACCUCCUACGCUUCCGGCGCCACUGGUGGCUCCGGAGAGUUCCAAACAUACAUGUCUCUCGUCAACGUCCCGGACCUCCGCUUCACUUCUUACGAUUCCGACGGUAACAAUCAUAAGCUCUCAUUUUCAAGCUAUGUUGACGAUACAAACUCAGGAAACGAAGGCUUUACAAGCUAUGGUAAGAAUGGUAAUGACGUCCCUGUUGAGUUUUCCAGCUAUGGCGAUUCAUCAAACGUUAUUGGGUCGUCGUUCUCCGGCUACGGCGAGUUGGGUAACGCCGGUAAUGAUUCGUUUAAGGCUUAUAGUUCAAAUUCCAAUAACCCAAACAACAAUUUUAAAAGCUAUGGCGUUGGAGGCAAUUCUGGAGUUGAUAGCUUCUCUAGUUACAGAGAUGGAGCCAAUUCAGGAAGUGAUAAGUUUCAAUCUUAUGGGAAGAAUUCAAAUUCCGGGAAAACAAAUUUUCUGAAUUAUGGAAAAUCUUUCAACGAAGGAAUCGAUUUUUUCAGGGAAUAUGGAAAAGGAUCGACUAGUGAAGUGAUUGGGUUCAAGGUUUAUGGAUUGAACAGUACAUUCAAAGAGUAUGAUCAAAAGGGUGUCACUUUUGCUCAGUACACCAGUUCAGAAAACUCCUCCAUGGACGAAUCCACGAAGGUAAGUGGCAAUUCCGUAAAUAGAUGGGUGGAACAGGGCAAAUUUUUCCGAGAGUCCAUGUUGAAAGAGGGAAUUAUCAUGAAAAUGCCAGAUAUUCGUGACAAAAUGCCUAAAAGGUCGUUUUUGCCCCGGACAAUUAUGUCAAAUUUACCAUUUUCAACCACUCGACUAGGGGAGAUUAAGCAAAUCUUCAACGCACGGGAUAACACCGCAAUGGAGCGCAUGAUAUCAAACACGGUGGAGGAGUGCGAGCGUGAGCCGAGCCGGGGCGAGACCAAGCAGUGCGUGGGAUCGGUGGAGGACAUGAUCGACUUCGCGGUCGCGGUAUUGGGCCACAAUGUGGUGGUGCGGACCACGGAAAAUGUAAAUGGGUCAAACCAAAAUGUGAUGAUUGGAAAAGUUAGAGGAAUGAACGGCGGAGAAGUGACCAAAUCAGUGUCCUGCCACCAGAGUUUGUACCCGUACUUACUAUAUUAUUGCCACUCUGUACCAAAAGUGAGGGUCUACGUGGCAGACAUUCUUGACGUAGAGAGCAAGGUUAAGAUCAAUCAUGGUAUUGCCAUUUGUCACGUUGACACAUCAGCAUGGAGCCCAGGGCAUGGAGCUUUUGUGGCCCUAGGGUCGGGCCCUGGUCUCAUUGAGGUCUGCCAUUGGAUCUUUGAGAAUGACAUGACUUGGGCAGUUGCUGAUUGAUCACAAAAAUAACAUCGUAUAGUUGUUUUUGUGGAUGAAAACAUUGUGUUUGAUGUUAUUUGUGUAAUCAUGGGGAUGUAAUGAAAUGGGUGUCGGGAUUCGAAUCUCAUAAUUUUCAUUUAACAAGGAUAUAAAAUAGUUUUAUG